AUGACAUAUUUGAGACCACUUUGUCUCGACAUGACAUCUCCCAAGUUCGGCCAUGAUAUGCUCCAGUACUUUCUGCUCGAUCCAAACUACACCAAUGUGAAUCAUGGCUCUUUCGGGUCUCUACCCAAGCCCGUUUUCGAUGCAUGCAACGAACUAUCUCUGGAAUUGGAAUCUAGUCCAGACCGCUUCCUACGUCUGAAAUACGAACCACUUCUCAACGACGUACGAAUGCAACUCGCACAGCUGCUUGGCACAGAUACAGACGAGAUAGUCCUUGUCCCCAAUGUUGCCACAGGAAUCAACACGGUCCUACGUAAUUUUGAAUGGAGCGAAGGCGAUGUCUUGCUGACGACAACAACCACCUUUGAUUCAGUCUCUCGCGCCGUGAAGGAUAUCUCGCAGCGAACCCCCUGCCCAACCGUUUCUACCUUCCUUCUCCUUCUCCCUGAUUCUCAUGCUAACAUCGUAUCGAAAUUCCGCGAGCAUAUGCGUGCUCUCAAGGAUAGUUUGGCGCCGAAUGCGAAGAUCGUAGCGAUCAUAGACAGCAUCGCUUCUUCCCCUGGUGUUCUCUUCCCCUGGAGGGAAAUGGUGCAGGUUGCCAAAGAAGUGGGCGCGUUCACAAUGGUCGACGGCGCUCACUCGAUUGGUCAGGAAGUCGACUUGGAGCUUGGAAAAGCGGCUCCGGAUUUCUGGGUUUCGAGUUUGCACAAGUGGCUCUACGCCAAACGCGGAUGCGGCGUCCUCUAUGUUCCCAAACGCAACCAACAUAUUAUCAAGAGCGCCCUCCCGACAGCAUGUAACUACCUAGCUCUUACUGUAAACUUCAUCGAAUCGCCCUUCGUCGCGGAGUUCCUCUGGUUCGGAGCGGCAGAAGUGACUCCUGCUCUCAGUGUCCGUGCAGCUUUGGACUUCAGGACUUCCCUGGGCGGAGAGAAAAAGAUAAAUGACUAUUGUCAUACUCUUGCUGUCGCCGCGGGAAAGGUACUAGCCACCAUUCUUGGCACCCAGGUGAUGGACUCGUCCGUGGAGGGAGAACUCAUCCCAAACAUGGUGAAUGUGGAACUCCCUCUGUCGGGCGACAUCAAGCCUUCUCCCGUGAUCGCGAAGAUGUUCGUGGAGAAGCUGCUGUUGGAGCACAAGGUCUAUGGCGGGCAUUUCUACCACAAUGGAAAGUGGUGGACCAGAGCCAGCGCACAGGUGUACAACGAGCUUGGAGACUACGAGAAGCUCGGGGAAGCUCUAGUUGUUGUGUGUAAGGAAAUUGCUGGAAGCCAAGAUGUCCCCCUUUUGUGA